GAGAAAUUAUGGUUCGACUCACAUUGGAUCUAGUUGCCAAGAACGUCAACCAAAGAAAUCGUAAAGAGGAGAGCAUUACACAGUUCUUGAAGAAAAUAACUCACCUAAACUUUUCAAAUAGAAACAUAGAUCUAAUUGAAGACCUCUCUGUGUGCAAAAACCUCAAUGUUUUAUAUUUGUAUGAUAACAACAUUAGCCAAAUCGAUAAUUUGAGUUUUGCAACAAAUCUUACACAUCUAUAUCUACAGAACAACAGCAUAUCAUGUAUGGAGAACCUCAGAUCAUUGAGGAAACUUGAGAAAUUGUAUCUGGGUGGCAAUCUCAUUGCCGUAGUAGAGUGUUUAGAAGGACUAGAUGAACUCCGAGAGCUACACCUUGAAAGUCAAAGACUUCCUCUUGGUGAAAAGCUUCUUUUUGACCCAAGAACUCUUCAGUCCUUGGCAAAUUCCCUCUCUAUAUUAAAUAUCAGCAAUAACAAUAUUGAUGAAAUAAGAGAAUUAGAAGUACUGGAGAAUCUCACUCAGCUUAUAGCAGUUGACAACCAACUUCUUCAUGUGAAGGAAUUGGAGCUUUUGCUGAAGAAGUUGACCAAACUGUGGAAAAUGAAUCUGAACGGAAAUCCUGUCUGCCUGAAGCCAAAAUACAGGGACAGGCUGAUAGUAAUAUCCUCAUCUCUAGAAAAUCUUGAUGGUAGAGACAUAAAACAAAUAGAAAGACAGUUCCUAAUGAACUGGAAAGCAUCCAAAGAAGCCAAGAAAAACAUGAAGAAAAAGAAUAUGAUGAAUGAUGCUUCAACCCUUCCAUAUGUAUCUAUGAAUCAACCCAUCAACUAAUUCCUGCUUAUUACAGUGCCCCACAGAUCAUGAAGGAUAACCAAAACCUGUUGCCCACAAUGAUGUACCUGAACCUUCCCAAAGCACCUCUACCCCUAAAAUAACAGUUAUAUUUAGUAAUAAGUCUUUUUGAUAAAAAAUCUAA